AUGGACGUGGUCGUGGACGUGGAGGACUUGGACGUGGACGUGGACAUGGACGUGGACAUGGACGUGGUCGUGGACGUGGACGUAGACGUGGACGUGGACCCGGACGUGGACUUGGACGUGGACGUGGACGUGGACAUGGACGUGGACGUGGACGUGGACGUGGAUAUGGACGUGGACAUGGACGUGGACGUGGACGUGGACAUGGACGUGGACGUGGACGUGGACGUCGACAUGGACUUUGACGUGGAGGUGAACGUGGACGUGGACGUGGACGUGGACGUGGACGUGGACGUGGACAUGGACGUGGACGUGGACGUGGACGUGGAUGUGGACGUUGUCGUGGACGUGGACGUGGACGUUGUCGUGGACGUGGACGUGGACAUGGUCGUCGACGUGGACGUGGACAUGGAGGACUUGAACGUGGACUGGACGUGGACGUGGACGUGGCCGUCGACGUGGACAUGGACGUGGACGUGGACGUGGACAUGGACGUGGAUUUGGACGUGGACAUGGACGUGGACGUGGACGUGGACAUGGACAUGGAUGUGGACAUGGACGUGGACGUGGACGUGGACGUGGACAUGGACAUGGACGUGCACGUGGACGUGGACGUGGUUGUGGACGUGGACGUGGACGUGGACGUGGACAUGGACGUGGACGUGGACGUGGACGUGGACGUGGACGUGGUCGGACGUGGACGUGGACGUCGACAUGGACGUGGACAUGGAGGUGGACGUGGACAUGGACGUGGACGUGGACGUGGAAAUGGACGUGGACGUGGACGUGGACGUGGUCGUGGACGUGGACGUGGACAUGGACCUGGACGUGGACGUGGACGUGGAGGACUUGAACGUGGACGUGGACGUGGACAUGGACGUGGACGAGGACGUGGACAUGGACGUGGACGUGGACGUGGAUGUGGAUGUGGACGUGGAGAUGGACGUGGACGUGGACGUGGACAGGGACGUGGACGUGGACGUGGACGUCGACAUGGACGUGGACGUGGACAUGGACGUGGACGUGGACAGGGACGUGGACGUGGACGUCGACAUGGACGUGGACGUGGAGGUCGACGUGGACGUGGACGUGGACGUGGACAUGGACGUGGACGUGGACGUGGACGUGGACGUGGACGUGGACGUGGUCGUGGACGUGGACGUGGACAUGGACGUGGACGUGGACGUGUACGUGGAGGACUUGAACGUGGACUGGACGUGGACAUGGGCGUGGACGUGGACGUGGACGUGGACGUAG